UUGAUGACAAUUAUACUUCACACAAAUGUUUUUUUUUCUUCUAUAGAAUCAUUGCUGUGGUGUGGGGAAAAUAUGUAUAUUCACGCACUAAGGAAGACCUUUUUAUUGGGAGACAUUCUUAUGAACGAAAAGGGGAAAGGAAAAUAAUUAGUGAUUUAGAAUAUAGGAAAGAAAAGUAAAAUUGGAUUCUUCAUUCAUUGGUGGGUCCACUCUUAACUAAAGCCUCACAAGAAGGGUCAAAGACGUUUCUGCCUCGCCACAUAGAUUUUCCUGGCUAAGAUGAAAUUAAUAUAGUAACCACUUUCUUCUUUGCUUAAUUAUUGAAUUACUUAUUAUGACAGGCAAGUUGGUGAUGCUUUCAUCAUGGUGGGAUCCUUUCUUUAUUUUUGUCUUUUGGCUUGUGGUAUAGCUCUUUUAGUUUACAUAUAUUUGUCUAACUACUUCUGAAAAUCUAAGUAAUAUCCUUGAUUAAACUUUUUUUUUUUGCUUUUUCUUUCCUGAAUUUGGUUAGAUUUGUUGCAAAAUAAAGCCUUUGCCUUUAUGGAAGAAUUCUACUUCAACUAGUGGACUUAAUUGGCUUAAUAAUAAUCCGCCUACAGUAUUAUCUUCCUGUGAAUUAGAAAUUGGAAUCAUAAUUAACCAAAAUUAAUUGAUUUUUACACAAAAAAUCAAGCAUGUGUCCUUUGUCAGACAAAUUGUCUUAGACUUUUAAUCCAAGUUAUAGAAAUCCAUAGCUGAUUAACUGUGAGGUUUAGUCCGUUUGACUUGAAUAUCAUUGAGCUUUGCAUUUUGCGCUUGAUUAUGGAAGUCAAACGUUGCCUGUGAAGAUUAAAUAAUGUUUAUCAAAACACAAGAUACGUUAUUGUAUACUUUACUAUCUUGUACAUUCGGUACCAUGCUGGAAUUGUCACCGAUGAGAUGCUUUCUAUGCCAAAAGCUCCAUUUCUUCUUGUUGGACUUCUAGAGGCUCUCGCAGCAGCUACAGGAAUGGCAGCUGCAGCAAUUCUCUCGGGAGCAUCGAUUCCAGUUCUCUCUCAGACUUUUCUUGUAUGGCAAAUUCUCCUAUCAAUUAUUUUUCUUGGAAGGAGAUAUAAAGCUAAUCAAUUACUUGGAUGCUUCCUUGUUGCAAUUGGUGUAAUUAUCACUGUAGCAAGUGGAUCUAGUGCCGGUCACUCAUUAAAGGAAGUUAGUGUAUUCUGGAGUGUCUUGAUGAUAAUAUCGUUUCUAUUGCAAGCAGCUGAUACAGUGCUCAAGGAAACUAUUUUCCUGGAUGCGGCUAAGCAGUUAAAGGGAGGUUCAGUAGAUCUAUUUGUUGUAAAUUCCUAUGGAUCUGCUUUCCAAGCGCUGUUUGUAUGCCUUCUUCUUCCUUUUAUGUCUAAAUUAUGGGGAGUACCUUUUAGUCAGCUUCCAACCUAUCUCAAAGAUGGGGCGGUUUGCUUUCUCAACAUGGGCAGCUUAUCCAAUGGAUGUGAUGGUGCACCUCUGCUACCUUUGCUUUUUAUUCUAGUAAACAUGGGUUAUAACAUAUCAUUGUUGCAUCUCCUCAAAAUAUCUUCUGCCGUUGUCUCUUCCCUUGCUUCCACAUUUUCAGUGCCAAUAUCAGUGUAUGUGUUCACAUUACCACUGCCAUACAUUGGUGUUGCAUCUUCUCUUCCGACCGGGUUUGUUGCCGGAGCCAUUAUUCUUGUUUUGGGUCUGCUAAUCUAUGCUUGGACACCAUACACUACUCCAGCCACACCAUCUUCUCCAGCUCCCAAUUAAUAGUUUACAUCAUUUUUUGUCUCGUCAUUUGCGUUUUCAACCUCAGAAAAAUUGUGCGAGUCAGCUCUUUAUUUGGAGCUAAGACCAGGAAAAAAAAAGAGAGAUAGAGAAAAUAGGUUAUAUCAAUUUGUUGUUGUUGUUGUUGUUGUAGCAGUUGGAAUUUUGAUUGUAAUUGUAAGAUAUGCUUAGCAAUGUGAAAUGAUCAAUUAGCCAUUGAUGAGUCUCACUUCCUAGUUUCUAAGAUGUUGAGUAUAGAAAAAUGAGAAGUUAUCCGGAUGUUAUUAUUUCAUUAACUUCAAAAUUUUCAAGGCGAAAUUCAUAUUUGAAUCUCGAA